GAUCCAACUCUCAGCCUUCCAGCUGGACCCUGCUGCUGCUCUGCUCACUGUGUGGGGUUUAAACCAGGACAUAAACACACCUGACAGCUGAGAGUUCUCCUUGGCUCCUGUUUAACCACAACUCUAAUAAAACCAUGAGGAUCUUCCUCUUGCUUUGCCUGCUGGCACUAGGCCAUGCCAAACCCUACCAACCAAUCAAUGUUAUGGACUACCUGAAAAACUAUGACACAAAAAUCCAUGAAAUCAUGAUGUCAGAUUCAAAUGAUGAUGACGACGAUGAUGAUGAGGACGAUGAUGAUGAUGACGACGAUUACGAUGAUGAGGACUGUCCAGCUCAUUGCCAUUGCUCACCCAGAGUGGUGCAGUGCUCUGACCAGGGUCUGAUAUCUGUUCCUGAUAAGAUUCCAGAAGACACAGUGAUGAUUGAUCUCCAAAACAAUGAUAUCACUGAAAUCCAGCAGGAUGACUUUAAAGGCCUCAACAAGCUUUAUGGCCUGUUUCUGAUCAACAACAAGAUCUCUAAGAUUCAUCCAAAGGCCUUCAAAAACAUGGACAAUCUCAGACUGCUGCAUCUGUCCUACAACCAGCUGAAUGAGAUCCCUGCAAAUUUGCCUCCCAAUGUCAUUGAACUCCGCUUUCAUGAAAACCAGAUCAACAGAAUUCAGAAGGAUGCAUUUAAGGGCUUGAGGAAACUUCAUGUGUUGGAGCUGGGGGCCAACCCUCUGACCAACAGUGGAAUUGAGAUAGGAGCUUUUAAUGGCCUGUCGAGUCUGUAUAUCGGUAUAGCGGAAGCCAAACUAACUUCCAUACCAAAAGAUUUCCCAUCCUCCAUUACAGAACUGAGUCUGGACUACAACAAAAUCUCUAAGGUGGAAAUAGAAGACUUCAUCAGAUAUAAAAACUUGCAGAGGCUAGGACUAGCUUAUAACCAGAUCAAGUAUGUAGAAAAUGGCAGCCUUGCCAACACCCCGAACAUCCGUGAGAUCUACCUGGACAACAACCGUAUGAGAAAGGUCCCACCUGGCCUUAGUUCCCUGCGCUACCUACAGGUAAUUUACCUCCAUGGCAACAAAAUCAGCAGUGUGGGAAUCAACGACUUCUGUCCCAUCAGGGACGACAGCAAGAAGAACCUGUACACUGGCAUCAGUCUCUUUGCCAACCCUGUUAAAUACUGGGCCAUACAGCCGGCAACCUUUCGCUGCGUCACCGGACGGAGGGGUGUUCAGCUCGGAAACUUCAGAAAGUAGCGUGGAGGGAAAUGAUAAAAUAAGGACAUAGCUGGAAAUAAUUCUGAUAGGCUAAAAACAGAUUAAACUCUCCUAUUAAAGGGUUAACCGUUAAAAAACAAACAAACUAGAAAGAUGUAUAUUUGAACCUGUAGCACACGGGGAACGAAAGUACCAUUUACACCCUGAUGAAGAUAAAAAUGAUAUCAUAAGUUAUAACACUAGGAAAUGUUUUUAGCAGCUACAAACAUCAUGAAAUGGAAGGAUGUCACAGAACGAACAGCAUUACAAUCAAAUCUGAAAACAAGCGCCCUGCUCACCUUUGUAAGGUGCAUGAUAGGAUGUUUAGCUUUUGCCUUAUAACUUUUAUUCUGUACACUUUCUUAGGAAUAAAGCGCCUCCCUCUGGUCACUUUUUGAGCAAAAUCACCCAAUGAUACGAGUGGUAUUACAUGCUGUACAUGUAUUGUUUAAAGAAAGGAAAUUCUUUUUUUCUUAUUAUUUUCUUUCUAGUUUUAAAACCGUAAGCAUUGUUUAAUGAAAUGUAGAGUAGAAAAGUGUUUAAGUCUUUGUAAUACUUACAAAAACUUUAUUUGUAUUAUGAAGAAGCCAUUUUUUUCCCUCAAAUUAGAUGUUGUAAUUAUCGUAGA